UUUUAAUGAGUCUAUCUCUAUCCUUGUGACUUUGAUCGAAUGGAGUCGUGACUCGUGAGCAUUUAGCCAUUUACGGAGAUAACAUAUGUCCACGUGUCACGUAUCUUCUCUCUUGGACAAUCAUCCAGGUUAAUGGCGCCCAUACCUCUCUUGGUGACGGCAACGAAGCUCGCCGGAGUGUUAGUAACUAUCACCGUAGCCGCCAACGCCGUCUCCUUCUCCCGUUACCGGAAGAGAAAUCUCGCUCCGUUUGACUCUCCUAUCGAUGAAACCUCCGACACUCUCGCCAUCUUCAACGUCAAUUGCUCCGACUCAGACGAAGAAGAGGAGGAGAGUUUCUUUUUCGGACUGGCAACAGCACCAGCUCAUGUUGAAGAUGGACUCAAUGAUGCUUGGCUUCAGUUUGCACAAGAUGAGGUUGUCAACAAACAAGACCCUACAACAGAUACAAAUACAGCAAUGGCCUCUGCAACUGGUGAUGGUGGAUCUCAGCAAGCUGCAGGACCUUUAAAGAGGAAGAAGUCUCUCAAGAUAGCCAUGGAAGCAAAACUUAGAGGGCUCGUGAAGUAUAUUGAAGAUGAAGAAUCCACCAGUGAAGAAGAACAACAUAAUGUAGCUGCAUGGCACAAUGUUCCAAACCCGGAGGAAAGGCUACGGUUUUGGUCUGAUCCUGAUACAGAAUUAAAGUUGGCUAAGGAUACUGGUGUUAAGGUCUAUCGAAUGGGAAUAGAUUGGACACGAAUCAUGCCAAAAGAGCCAGUUAAUGGACUUAAAGAAUCAAUUAAUUAUGCAGCACUCGAAAGAUACAGAUGGAUCAUCAGCAGAGUGCAAUCUUAUGGUAUGAAGGUUAUGUUGACUUUGUUCCACCACUCCCUGCCACCAUGGGCGAGUGAUUUGGGAGGAUGGAAGUCGGAGAAAACAGUAGAAUAUUUUAUGGACUUUACUAGAGUGGUUGUUGACUGUGUGUUUGAACUUGUUGACUAUUGGGUGACAUUUAAUGAGCCUCAUGUGUUCUGUCUUUUGACUUACUGUGCUGGUGCUUGGCCUGGUGGUCAUCCUGAUAUGUUGGAGGCUGCUACUUCUGCUUUACCAACCGGUGUUUUCUAUCAAUCCAUGCAUUGGAUUGCUGUUGCUCACUCUCAGGCCUAUCACUAUAUCCAUGAACAAAGUGUAUUGUUAAACCCAAUUGUGGGAGUUGCACAUCAUGUCUCUUUCAUGCGUCCAUAUGGCCUCUUCGAUGUUGCUGCUGUUUCAAUAGCUAAUUCUAUGAGCCUCUUCCCAUUUUUGGAUGAUAUAUCUGAAAAGCUCGACUUUAUAGGAAUAAAUUACUAUGGUCAGGAAGCGGUAUCUGGAACUGCAUUAAAACUAGUUGAGUCGGAUGAAUACAGUGAAUCUGGACGUGGAGUGUAUCCAGAUGGCUUAUUUCGCGUUCUAUUGCAUUACCAUGAAAGAUACAAACAUCUCAAAAUUCCAUUUAUUAUCACUGAAAAUGGUGUAUCUGAUGAGACCGAUUUGAUACGCAGACCUUAUAUUCUAGAACACUUACUUGCAGUUUAUGGAGCAAUGAUGAUGGGUGUUCGAGUGCUGGGAUAUUUGUUCUGGACCACUUCAGACAACUGGGAAUGGGCUGACGGUUAUGGUCCCAAGUUUGGGCUAGUGGCGGUCGAUCGGUUCAAUGAUCUUGCACGGAUCCCACGUCCUUCAUACCAUUUGUUCUCCAAGGUGGCGACUUCAGGUAAGAUUACAUGGCAAGACCGGGAUAAAGCAUGGUACGAACUUCAAAAAGCAGCUCGGGAGAAGAAAACAAGACCAUUUUACCGUGCUGUAAAUAAACAUGGGUUCAUGUAUGCUGGAGGACUUGAUGAACCACUAUUUCGACCAUUUAUUGAACGUGAUUGGCGUUUUGGACACUAUGAGAUGGAAGGACUACAAGACCCAUUAAGCCGUUUUGCAAGAUUCAUCGCUCGACUUAUCUCCUUCAGAAGAAAGAAAACUGAAGAAGAUGAAGAGAUUGAGUACGAACAACUUCUUUUUCAGCCAGCUUAGCCGCAUUUUCCUCUAUUUCUUUUGAUGUAUAUACGACGAGAUUUUCAAACAAUGAAUUCACUGUCGUAAAUGAAUUUUCUUAUUUCCAAUCCUGUAAAAACUAAUUGGAGAAUAGUAGAAUACUACAUCUACCCUUGAUCGUUUAUGAAUAGAAUGAAAAUUACCGGAU